GAUGGGGCGGGAAAAUACGUUGUCGUUUUAAUUCAACCAGACCCAGAGACCCAAGAAUAUGUACAAAUUUAGCGGCGAGGAGAAGAAAGCAAGGGUUUUAGUUUUAGGCUUUUAGCUGGACGCGGGAAGUAAUUUUCCACGUUGUUGUCCCCCUGACGCCGAUCCCUGCCGCUAACUCAGCCGCCGCCGAUCUCAACUUUCUUUCCGGACAGCUUCUCGGUCGUGAAAAUGAUAGUGGCAGUUUCGUGGUUGCCGAAAGGAGUGGCAAAGGCUGUUCCAGUGGUGGCAGAGCUACCUUCAAAGGAAGAGAUUGAAGAGCUAUUGAAGUCCGGUGCUUUGGAAGAUGGAGAAGAAAGUGGCAGUGAAGCUGAGGAUGGAGAUACGGAGGUGGAUGCUGAGAUGGAAACUAAUGAAGCAAGUCAAGCACUAGCUGUGGCAGAAGCACUGGGCGCAAAAUCGAAAACCAACAAGUCAUCUUCCGGAGUUGAUCAUAUAGCUGAUGGGUUGAAGGAGCUUGACAUGGACAAUUAUGAUGACGACGAUGAUGAAGAGAUUGAGAUUUUCAGCUCUGGGCGUGGAGACGUUUAUUAUCCUAGUAAUGAACAGGAUCCUUAUCUCAAGGGUGUGGAGGUCGAUGACUCUGAUGAAGAGGAGAAUCUGAUUAUUCAGCCAAAAGAUUCUGUCAUAGUUUGCGCACGGAAUGAUGAUGACAUAUGUUCGCUCGAGGCAAGUAAUGUUUCGGUAUGUGAGGACUCUGGUGAUGGUAAUCUGAAUAUCUUCCCUCACCAUGAUAUUAUUGUGGCAGCAUUCCCCCUUUGCACAGCAUGGCUUGAUUGUCCACUUAAAGGAGGGGAAAAGGGAAAUUUUAUUGCUGUCGGUUCAAUGGAACCUGCUAUUGAAAUAUGGGAUCUUGACAUCAUUGAGCAAGUAGAGCCAUCUGCAGUGUUAGGAGGUGUUGUUGAGGUUCAGAAGAAGAAGAAAAAGAAGAAGAAAAGUAAGAAGAAGAGUUCCCGGAGUUCAUCUUUCUUCAUCUGGUUAUCUUUCUGUACAAAUUUUCAGGCCCCAAUUCAAUACAAAGAAGGAAGUCACACUGACUCUGUACUAGGACUCGCUUGGAACAAGCAGUAUAGGAAUAUCCUUGCCAGUGCCAGUUCUGACAGACAAGUUAAAAUCUGGGAUGUUACUACUCAACAAUGUAAUAUUACAUCGGAGCAUCAUACUGACAAGGCAAGAAUGUUUUCUUUCAAUAAUUAUACUGCCGUCCAAUCAGUUGCAUGGAAUCAUCAUGAGGCACAAGUUCUUCUCAGUGGAUCUUUUGAUCACUCAAUUGUGAUGAAAGAUGCUAGGAUACCUACACACCCAGGUUUUAGGUGGUCAGUUGCAGCUGAUGUGGAAAGCUUGGCAUGGGAUCCACACAGUAGUCACUCCUUUGUGGCGAGUCUUGAAAAUGGUACGGUCCAAGGUUUUGAUAUCCGCACAGCCAAGUCUGGUGAAGCUUCUGAUCUAAAGCCAAGUUACACAAUCCAUGCACAUGACAAAGCUGUUAGCGCAGUUAUCUAUAACCCCUCGAUUCCUAAUCUUAUUGCAACUGGAUCAAUGGAUAAAACGGUUAAAAUCUGGGAUUUAUCAAACAACCAACCUUCGUGUGUUGCAUCAAAGAACCCAAAAGCGGGCGCUGUAUUCUCGAUUGUCUUCUCAGAUGACAGUCCAUUUAUUCUAGCUAUUGGAGGAUCAAAGGGAACCCUGGAAAUAUGGAACACAGAAUCAGAUGCAGCUGUUUCGAAGAGAUUCGGAGGCUAUAAGGACAACAAGCCAUCUACCUCAUCUUGAGAGUUCUGACAAAGCAGUACCAUCGCAAGCCGCACUGUGGCGAAGUUAUGAGUCUUCAAAUUUUUGCAAAAUGUUAGAAUCUAGGGUUAGAUUAAUUUAGCAUGUUUGGAACGGUGUAGUGUGGAAAAACUCUGUUGCCGUAUCCAUACAUUUUGAGAUGAAGAUUUGUGUAAAGUUUGAUUCUUUUUGGUAAGGUAUUGCAGAACUCUGUUACCCUAUCUUGUAUGGUAAGCUAUUGCAAAUUUUAUUUGGCUCCAUGAUUUGCAAGUCUGUCCAGUUCCAUAUGGAAUUAUGGAUUGCUAAUUUGCUGUGAAAAUGAAAC